AUGGAGGGCACGUCUGUGGCGGCGGCUGAGGAUGUGCUGGGGAAUCUGUCGGCCGAUGUGAAGAUUCUGGCUGCCAAGGGCUUGAACAACAGGGACUGGCUGGGCAAGUCAGAUCCGUAUUGUGAGCUGUUUGUUGGUGGCGUGAGCAGGGGGCAGACUGAGGUUCGGUGGAACAACCUGAGCCCGCAGUGGGACAAGGGCUCCAUCACGAUUCGAGGCCUGCGCCCGGGAGACGAGGUCGAGUUCAAAGUCUGGGACGACGACAGGCUCCUGCCUGGGAUGAGCCAGGAGAGAAACCGAGAGAGCCUCGGCUCGUGCAAGCUGCCGCUCCCCGCCGCGGGUGAGAAGAAGGACGAGUGGUUGCAGGUCGAGGGCGCGGCAGAGGAGGUCGGAGAUGGCGAGCCCCCGCACCUGCACGUAGCCGUGGAGGUGAGAUCAGACGCUGCGACCGGGCCGAUGACUGAGCCAAACGCCGACGCCAAGACAAUUGCCAAGCUGGCAGCCGAGGAUGUGCCUGGGAAUUUGUCGGUCGAUGUGAAAAUCCUUGCUGCCAAGGGUUUGAAGAAUAGGGAUUGGAUGGGCAAGUCAGAUCCGUGGCGGAUUGUGAGCUGUUUGUUGGUGGCGUGA